AAAAAACCUGGCACAUAGGAAGACGGAUCUCUCUGGUGUUGUUGAUUUCCAUUCCGUUCUCAAAUCAUUCAGACAAGAUGGCGCAACUCCUGCUGGGAUCUUCAAGUACGAGUGCAAGGGUUUCAGACUACCAGUUUUCUGUUUCGAAAAACGCCCAGGGUUUUAUUUCAUUCCUGGUGCGCUGACUGAUGAUGAACAAGUGCACUGGAUCAGGGAAAGCUUAAUUAACUUUCCUCAGCCUCCUAAUAGAACCAAUCAUACAAACGCCUAUGGUCCUAUUUUUGAUUUAUUUGAUGCUGUUCAAAACAAUAGAGUUUUGGUUGAGGCAAAGCGGACAUCUUCAGCAGUUGAUCCUAUAGUGGUUCAUGAUAAAACAAAUUUGAACUCUCAAAGAUUUUCAUUUUCUGAACACUGUAUAAUCACAAAUAGUGUUGAGUGCUGCAAGUCAGUCCCUGCAUCUGUUCUUCUGCGGAAACUGCGUUGGAGCACCCUUGGAUUGCAAUUUGACUGGUCUAAGCGCAAUUAUGAUGUGUGCCUUCCUCACAAAAAAAUACCUGAUGCUCUCUGCCUUGUUGCAAGGAAAAUGGCAGUGCCUGCUAUGCCUAAAGGAGAGGAGUUUCAGCCAGAAGCUGCAAUUGUUAAUUAUUUUGGUCCAAGUGAUAUGCUUGGUGGCCACCUUGAUGACAUGGAAAAGGAUUGGAGCAAACCGAUUGUGAGCAUUAGUCUUGGAUGUAAGGCUAUUUUUCUCCUAGGAGGCAAGUCUAGGGAUGACGUGCCCAUAGCUAUGUUUUUAAGGAGCGGUGAUAUUGUGCUUAUGGCUGGAGGAGCAAGGGAAUGUUUUCACGGAGUUCCAAGGAUAUUUACAGACUCUGAGCAAGCAGAUAUUGCGCUCCUUAUAUCUCAAUUCUCUAGUGAAGCAGAUAUCUGUUUGAGGGAUUACAUCAGGACCUCAAGGAUAAAUAUCAACAUUAGACAAGUCAAUUAGACACAUCUCAGAACUG